AACGCAGUCGUUUUUCCUCUUCACUUCACCGUCAACUAUAACUCUCGGCUCUCUAUUGCACUGUUUACACAUCUCUCUUUCUUCCAGCUCUCUCUCUUCUUUUUCCAGCCAAAAAAAAAGCUCUCUCUCUCUAGAAAAAUUCAUUCAUGUCGGAGAAGGGUCGCCCAUUGCCUAAAUUUGGUGAAUGGGAUGUCAAUGAUCCUGCCUCAGCUGAGGGAUUCACUGUGAUUUUUAACAAGGCAAGGGAUGAGAAAAAGACGGGUGGGAAACCCGAGUCACCCAAAAAGGUUGAUCCUCCUAUUAAGCAUGGAGUGGAUCCUGGCAAACCGCAGCCUAAAAAAUGGUUUUGCUGCAUCCAAAGCCCAGCUGCAGAAUCCUGAUGAGGUUCUGCUCAUUUAAAAGCUAUCAUGGAAGAGUAUGUUCAUGUGUAACUGGCCCCACUGUCUAUUUAAAGAAAUAUAGGAGCUAUAGAGCUGUGACCAGUCCUGCUGAAAUUUGUUUCAUGUGCUGUAAAAAUUGAGUUGUGGGGGAAAGCUGAAAAAAAGAAGGGAAAAAAAAAAAAAAAAUAUUACUGUAUCUAUAUUUACUGAUUUUGUGGGAUAUUAUUAGAAGCCAAGCUAUUUAUUGUCUUUGCCUUCUCUGUGCUCUAUGGUCUGUAGAGCUUUUGUUUGUGACAUAUAUUCUUUAUGCUUAUUGUAUUGGUGAAUUGACUCUGUUUGUGAAGUAACUUUUCUUUUUUUACA